AAGGGGCUUCGUUUUUCAGUCUCUGUUGGCUGGACAGGGUUUUGUGACCAGACCACUGUCUUGGGAAACAGGCAUAGAACGAGUUUCGUCGUGCAGUUUUGGAGACCAAUGCUCAACUUUCAGGUGAUUUAACGUUACCUUUGGAAUUACUUCUGAGUGAGGACGGCCACCAUGUCGGUGACUGUUCAUGAGAAUCGGAAAUCCCGCACCAGCACAGGAUCCAUGAACAUUUCACUGUUUCACAAGCCAUCACACCCUGACAGUGUGUUGACUCAUCUAAACACAAUGAGGAAACAGUGCAUGUUCACAGAUAUCACGCUGUGGGCUGGGGACCGCUCCUUCCACUGUCACAGGGCAGUAUUGGCAGCUUGCAGCCGUUACUUUGAAGCCAUGUUCAGUGGAGGACUACGAGAAAGUAUGGACAGUGAAGUCAAUUUCAGAGACAGUAUACACCCCGAGGUCUUGGAGCUUCUGCUGGAUUACGCCUAUUCAUCUCGAGUCAUUAUAAAUGAGGAGAAUGCUGAAUCGUUGUUGGAGGCCGGAGACAUGUUACAAUUUCAUGACAUACGGGAUGCCGCAGCAGAAUUUUUAGAAAAAAACCUUCAUUCUUCAAACUGUUUGGGGAUGAUGCUGUUAUCAGAUGCCCAUCAGUGUAAACGAUUAUAUGAGCUGUCAUGGAGGAUGUGCCUACUACACUACGAAACGAUACGAGAAUCUGAGGACUUCUAUAGUUUGACGAAAGAAAAGCUGCUGGAACUUGUGCUUAGCGAUGAACUGGAGAUAGAAGAUGAACAGGUCGUGUUUAACUCUGUGAUGCGAUGGGUUCGAAAUGACUUGGAUAAUCGUCGUCACCAUUUACCAGAGCUGCUUGGGGGGAUAAGGUUGGCUCUUCUCCCCUCUGAAUGUCUCCUGGAGGCUGUUGCAUGCGAAGAACUUGUAAUGGCUGACAAGAGGAGCAGGAUAAUUGUAGAAGAGGCAAUGCAAUGUAAAAAAAGAAUUCUUCAAAAUGAUGGAAUUGUGACUGGUCCCUGUGCUCGACCGCGCAAGGCAGGGCACACCCUGCUGAUAUUGGGAGGCCAAACUUUUAUGUGUGACAAGAUAUAUCAGGUUGAUCACAAAGCCAAGGAAAUCAUACCAAAGGCAGACCUUCCUAGCCCAAGAAAAGAAUUCAGUGCGUGUGCCAUUGGUUGUAAGGUUUACGUGACUGGAGGAAGAGGGUCAGAAAAUGGAGUGUCAAAAGAUGUCUGGAUCUAUGAUACAGUUCAUGAAGAAUGGUCGAAAGGAGCGCCCAUGCUUAUAGCAAGAUUUGGUCAUGGUUCAGCUGAAUUGGAGAACAGCCUGUAUGUGGUUGGAGGUCAUACAGCCAUUACCUCGGUUUAUCCGGCCUCUCCAUCCGUCUCUUUGAAACAGGUUGAGCGGUAUGACCCUGUUAGUAACAAGUGGACUAUGAUGGCUCCCUUAAGAGAUGGUGUCAGUAAUGCAGCGGUGGUCAGUGCCAAAUUAAAACUGUUCGUUUUUGGGGGCACCAGCAUACACAGAGAGAAAGCCUCGAAGGUCCAAUGCUAUGACCCUGUUGGGAACCGCUGGAAUAUUGCAGCUGAGUGCCCGCAACCUUGGCGCUACACAGCAGCUGCAGUGUUGGGGAGUCAGAUCUUCAUCAUGGGUGGUGACACCGAAUUCACAGCCGCCUCUGCUUAUCGGUUUGACUGUGAAACAAAUCAAUGGAAUCGUGUUGGCGACAUGACAUCCAAACGGAUGAGCUGCCAUGCCGUGGCCUCCGGAAAUAAGCUGUAUGUGGUCGGAGGUUACUUUGGGACUCAAAGGUGUAAAACAUUGGAUUGUUACGAUCCAACAUCUGACAGCUGGAACUCCAUCACCACUGUGCCUUAUUCACUGAUACCCACCGCUUUUGUCAGCACGUGGAAACAUCUACCUGCCUAGGUGGAUUACAACCCGAGGUACAUUAUGAUUGACUGGUCAAAGUGCUUUUAGUAUUUUGGCGCUUUGUGUUUCACCGCCAUUGAGAAGCACAGUUGACCAUAUAUAUGGCAACACAUUAAGCAUGUCAUAUCAUUUUCGACACCGCUUAUCCUGUACAGGGUCGCGGGGGAUUGCUGGAAUAUCUCCCAACAGACUUUGGGCAAAAGGUGGACUACACCCUAAAGUGGUCACCAGCGAGUCGCAGGGCACACUUAGAGACAAACAACCCUACACACCCACAUCAACACCAUCACUUGAGUGGGAACUGAUCCCACGCUGUCCACACACAAGUCAGGAGAGUGUACCACUAAUUGUUUUAUAAUGUGUGCUUGUGUAAUCAGUGUAUUGAAUAUUUGGUACUUUCUGAGGUUGAAAUUUCAUCAAAAUGUUUUACUAUUUAAAUACGAAGGGGUAGCUCCUCAUCCAACACUGCAUUGUGCCGCACAUUAUUUUUAGCAAUUCAGCUUGGCUUUUAUUUUUACACGUUUACCAGUGAGCCCUGUACUACAGAGGUAGUACCAGAACAACAUUCACAGAGGCAGUUUUACCAUCACAACAAUGAGUCUGUGGCGGUCAAUGCUCAUUUUCCCUCCCCACUCAGUGCUGCUUGGCUCCUGGCUGGCCAAACGAGCCGCUCCCAUCACAAAGCUCUCCGCACACCGAUCAGUUCACAUUAGAGCAGAGAACAUUGAUCCUGCUUGUAUAUAUGCUUGUCAUCAUUUUAUUGUUACAUGUUGUUUGUUAUGUUCUCACCCCCCCAAUUUUGUUGUAUCUGUACCAUGCAGUGACAAUAAAGACUUUUUAUUCUGUUCAUGCUCAAUCUUUAUGAAGAACAUCUGUUACAGCUCUGGUUGUUUCUCAAAAUUGUUCUAGUAACAAUGUUGAGUUCAGUGUCUCAAAGAUUAAAAGCGUUCAAGUCGAAGUGCACACU